CGGAAGUGUUUUGGCGUUGAGCACCGGAGUUGUUGAAAUAUAGUAGUGUUCAUUAACAGUAAAAAGUGACAUUGUAAGUUUUAACAUUGAGACCAACAAAUGGUCUCAUAGCUGAUUCUACUAGAAAGGUCUCUACUAAACUCUACAUAAUUCGUGCUCACGUGACGCUAAACCAGGUUAUUUUUCUGUUGUCAACAGAGCUAACUUGGUUAGCAUGUAAGGUAGAUAAUAAGCUAUGGUUGGCAGCCAGUCGUUUCUACAUAGUCUGUAAGUCUAUUGUUGGGCAACAACUAACUAACUUACGACGUAAGGCAAGCGGCUCAAUAUUAUUACAAUACAAAACGUAAAUUCCUGCAUCAUUAGAUUGGUUCAUGUAUGGCUGCAUAUCAUAUUUUAAGAUUUGCUCACGCAUUGAAGAAAGGACAGGCCAAAAAACAAGUCUGGAUAAAACCAAACAACACCUCAUUCGUGGUGUCAGCUCAAGUUGUAUUAAUGGCUGCGCUGACAGACUUUGAACCUUUAGCAAAGAGACUCAGGGUUGAAUCCAGUGGCCAAUCAUCCCCUUCAUCCUCUCUAAAAGUCCAAUCUUCAUGUAUUCAGAGCAAAGACAAUGAGACGGUAGAUAAAGAAAGGGGGCAAAACAAGACACAGAUGAAGAUGGAUAUACGGUCAAAGACUGGAGCAGAUGAUUUGCGAGGUGUAAAGACGAAAGGUUACCAUCAAAAGAUCUUCCCCAGACAGCAACAGAAGUUCAGAAAUACUCUUGAACGAUGGUUGGUUAAACCCUCAAAAAACACAUGUACAGCUGAAGAGGAUGCAGAAAUGGCCAAUCACAGUGGCUUUCAAAGCACGUCAGCUCAGUUUCUGGACUGUCAAAAUGAUGAAAAACCUACUCACUUCGACCCGGAUGAUGAAACCCAACCCUUGACAAUGCAAGACCUGGAUGAAGACAAUCCUGAGUCACCAGCCUCCAAGGAUUCUGCAGGGAGUGGGCUUAUGCAUACACCGCCCCACAAUUAUGGGGGAUUAGAAAAAGAAAUGAAUACAUGCUCAGCGAGCUCAGAGGACUCUGUCAAACACAAUACCAAAAUAACAGACUUCUUUUCAGGGACCUCACCACCAGGUUUACCUGUGAGGCGGGGCGUGGCAAAUAAGUCUCCACAGAAACCAGAUGCAGACAAGGAAACUGCCUCGGCUGUUAUCAAGCCUGAUGUCAAAUGGCUGGGGACGCCAAUCAGUGAGCUAAAGAGAAUGCCUGAAUGUGGAGGACCACUUCCUCCGCUGAAGGAUGUUCCUGGCCAACACACUGUGAUGAUAAGGACAGACCUUCUUCAGAAUGGCAAAGUCCCUGUUCCAUAUCCUGGUAGGUUUAAGGAUACCUGGGAUGAUGUCCAUGUCAAGAUGCCCUGUUCCAGUAGCAACCUGUUUCCUAUCGAAGAUGAGGAAACACGAAAACGGCAGAAUAAGAGUCGGUGGGAAUUGAUCAAGGAAUCUUUAAACAAGAAAUUUACAAGUCUGGAUGAGUUGAAGAAUGCAAUAUUGAAAUACAAUGCUUCACAAGCCAAGAAAUGGGACUUCACUGCAUUACGUUUGUACUGCGUUAAGGUUCUGGAGCCUGAUGCGGCUGAACAUCUGUUUGGCUCCCUGCUGCCAGACAUGGUGCAAUUAGCACUGAGAGCAUCUGAGCUCUGUACCAAGCCGAUACCCCUACUCAAGAGAGGCAUGAACCACUCCAUCACCAUGUCUCAGGAGCAGGUGGCAUGUCUGCUCGCCAACGCCUUCUUCUGCACCUUCCCUCGACGCAACUCCAGAAGUUCUGAGUACUGCAACUACCCUGACAUAAACUUCUUCAGGCUGUUUGAGGGGUCUUCAUCAAAGAAGAUUGAGAAGCUGAAAACUCUGAUGUGCUAUUUCAAAAGUUUCACUGAGGAAAAGCCUACAGGACUUGUAACAUUCACACGAAAAAGCUUGGAUGAACCUCUAAAUUGGAAAAGCUCAGAGACUCUGCUCACAAAGCUCCACAUUACUUCUGAAGGGACCAUUGAGGAUGAUGGUUAUGGAAUGCUUCAGGUUGAUUUUGCCAAUCAGUUUGUGGGAGGAGGAGUAACCAACGCUGGUCUAGUUCAAGAGGAAAUCCGUUUUCUGAUCAACCCCGAGCUCAUUGUUUCUCGCCUCUUCACUGAAGCCCUGGGUCAUAAUGAAUGUCUGAUUAUCACAGGUACACAGCAGUACAGUAAAUACAUAGGCUAUGCUCAGACCUACCAAUGGGGUGGCAGCCAUCAGGACACAACUCCAAGGGAUGGCUGGCAGAGAAAGUGCACAGAGAUUGUGGCCAUUGACGCGCUGCAGUUCAAGAACUUUUUUGAACAGUUUCGCCCAGAGAAAAUCAACCGAGAACUCAAUAAGGCCUACUGUGGCUUUGCUCGUUCUGAGGAUCAACGGCAAAAUCUUGCGGCAGUGGCCACGGGGAAUUGGGGAUGCGGUGUUUUUGGGGGUGACGCACGUCUGAAAGCUCUGCUCCAGAUGCUGGCAGCUGCUGAGGCGGGUAGAGAUGUGGCCUAUUUCACCUUUGGUGACAGCCAGCUCAUGACAGAUGUCCACAACAUGCACUCUUUCCUCUCUCAGAGAAACAUCAGUGUCGGGGAGGUGUACGAUCUCCUGAGGCAGUACCACAGCUCAGUGUGCAAGAGCUGCCUCGGUCGGCGCCCUGAAGUCAGCCUCUACUCCUUCAUCUACCAACAGGUCAGCUCCUCCCUGGCGCCACAAGACUCCGACGGGGGCUUGGCCAGACAACACGUCCCCGCAGACUGCCAUUGAGGUCAGGUGGCUGAUGAGUCACCAUGUUUUACCGUUGGAUACUGAAUUAAAACAUUAUCAGUC